AUGACUACCACUUUCUCAUCUGCCGCCUUCCCGGCCAACACCUCAAUUUCGUCUGCUUUCAGCGUGCACGACAAUAUCGACCAUCAAAAUCUCCAAGGUCAACGUGACCGCACACCCGUGACAGCUGAAAUCGUCAACGCGACCAUCCCGCUCCCCAACGGCGGCGUGAAUCACAAUGGUGGUAUUCUCUGGACCGGCCAGGGAACCAUGAACACAACCGGUGGUCUUUGGCAGAUGUCCGUAGAAGAGCCUAAUAAGGCUGAGUUCAUUGUUGGUGGUUUCUACGGUCGCCAAUUCAACUCACUCAACGAUGUGACCGUUGCCAGUGAUGGCUCGUUCUGGUUUACCGAUCCCAUUUAUGGAUGGCGUCAGGGUAUUCGACCAAAGCCGAAGCUACCGAAUCAGGUUUAUCGCUACGAUCCUGAUACUAAGGCAGUGCGUGUGGUUGCGGAUGGAUUUGGUCGGCCUAAUGGAAUCUCCUUUUCUCCUGAUGAGAAGACGGUAUAUAUUACCGACACUGCGGAGACAAACGGCGAUGGGUCGAAGGAUGUGUUGAAGCCUGCAACUAUCUAUGCAUUUGACUUAUCAACUAUCAGUGGCCAACCGUUCCUGACCAACCGUCGUGUUUUCGCUAUGCCUAGCGAUGGUAUUCCUGAUGGACUAAAGGUUGACCAGUAUGGUGACGUGUAUGCUGGUUGCGGUGAUGGUGUCAACGUCUGGUCUUCUGGUGGCGUUUUGCUGGGCAAAAUCUUGAUCAAGAGCGGAACAUCGAACUUCUCGUUCGGCAAGAAUGGACAUAUGUAUAUUCUUAACGAGAACAAGAUCUAUCGCGCCCAGCUGAACAGCACUCUCCGGAGCAUACUUUGGAAGAACUAA